AAGUUUGAGCGCGGCGGCAGCGGCGGCGCUGCYCGCGGGCGUGGAAACGCUCCGCAGCGCUCCGCAACGCUCCGCAACGGCGCGAGCCCGGCGGCGGCGGCGGCACCAUGGACCUGGAGAGCAAAGUGAAGAAGAUGGGACUGGGCCAUGAGCAAGGAUUUGGUGCUCCYUGCUUGAAAUGCAAGGAUAAAUGUGAAGGAUUUGAGCUUCAUUUCUGGAGAAAAAUAUGCCGUAACUGCAAAUGUGGACAGGAGGAGCAUGAUGUUCUCACAAGUAAUGAGGAAGAUCGGAAAGUGGGAAAGCUCUUUGAAGAUACAAAAUACACCACCCUCAUUGCAAAGCUGAAGAACGAUGGCAUCCCCAUGUACAAGCGGAAUGUCAUGAUCCUGACUAAUCCAGUGCCAGCCAAGAAGAAUAUAUCCAUCAAUACUGUCACGUACGAGUGGGCUCCUCCUGUUCAGAAUCAGACACUUGCUAGGCAGUAUAUGCAGAUGCUUCCAAAGGAGAAACAGCCYGUUGCUGGCUCAGAAGGAGCGCAGUACAGGAAGAAACAGUUGGCAAAGCAGCUGCCCGCUCACGAUCAGGAUCCUUCAAAAUGCCAYGAGCUCUCGCCCAGUGAAGUGAAGCAGAUGGAGCAGUUUGUGAAGAAGUACAAGAGCGAGGCGCUCGGCGUAGGAGAUGUCAAGCUUCCUGGUGAGGUGGAGACGAAAGCUGCUGACAAGAAUAACGUGAAUAAUGGUGACAGAGGCACCUCGGCUGCGGUAGGAGCAAUGGAGGGCAAGCCUGGAGAUCAGAAGGCAUCUCAGUAUUGUUGCUAUCGCUGCAAGCUGAACAUGAAAGAAGGCGACCCCGCUGUCUACGCGGAGCGGGCCGGCUAUGACAAACUGUGGCACCCAGCUUGCUUUGUCUGCUGCACUUGCAGUGAACUUCUCGUAGACAUGAUCUACUUCUGGAAGAAUGGUGACCUGUACUGUGGGAGACACUACUGUGACAGUGAAAAGCCUCGCUGUGCUGGGUGUGAUGAGCUAAUAUUCAGCAAUGAAUAUACUCAAGCAGAAGGUCAAAACUGGCAUCUGAAGCACUUCUGCUGUUUUGACUGCGACUGUGUUUUGGCUGGGGAAAUCUAUGUAAUGGUGAAUGACAAGCCUGUCUGUAAACCAUGCUAUGUGAAGAACCACGCUGCGAUUUGCCAAGGCUGCCAUAAUGCUAUCGAUCCCGAGGUUCAGCGUGUGACCUACAACAACUUCAACUGGCACGCCACGCAGGAGUGCUUCCUCUGCUCCUGCUGCAGCAAGUGCCUCAUCGGCCAGAAGUUUAUGCCAAUAGAAGGAAUGGUCUUUUGUUCCGUGGAAUGUAAGAAAAAGAUGAUGUCUUAAGAAAAAGAAGACCUACCCAAAACCAAGCAUUGCCAUGUUCCAAAGUCUUUUGCUUUUCUACUGUAAAGUAUAUAGUACUGGGGCAUUUGAAGAUUUUGAAAGUAUUAAACAGCAUUUUUUUCCAAAGACUUUUUUUUAAUAAGUAGGAACCAUACUGCAUAGUCUUCCUUAGCUAUAAUAAUACUUUCUUCUUUGGGAUUUUGUUCCUGGGUCUGUGUGUAAAAUGUUUUCCUGUCAUAGAAAUGUAGGAAAACUGUUUUAUGAACUAUUUACAGCUAAGAAGGCCUUCACCCUGAAGUGCUGUCUUGCAUUCUUAAUGGAAUAAGAAAAUGUGAAAUAUGCUCCCUUUUUCUUGUGUGUUAAAAUGAUAAAUGUAUCUCUUACACUUUAACAGAUUAACUUAUCACUUCUAAUAAUCUCCUUGCUUUCAUCAAGCACUUUAAACAAAAUGACCAACUUCACUGCUACGUGGCCACGUGCAUUUUUGUUCAUUAGACCUCAAGCAGGCAGGGAGAAGAAAGCUGAAAGUGGUGUUUUUUGUUUUUUUUUUUUAAAUGCUUGCUCUUGCUUGCUUAUUGUUGACACAUAGGCUGCUGAUGGAUUGUGAUUGCUCUAAUAUCUAGCUUAUGAAGUACCUAGAAAAACAAUCUUAGCUUAUUACUCUUUCUUGCAACUUUCUAUAGGAACUUCUUUCCUAUAUUGUUUUCAUUUUAUAAAGGUUAAAGCUACUUUUUUUGUUGGGGUGGGGAGGAGGACUAUCGGAGGAGGUCUUGCCCAAAUUAAGAAAUACUGACUUGCCUCUGGAUUUAAUUUUUAUUCUUUUAGGACAGGUUUUUGGUUUUUUAUGAAUGUUCUUCUCAUAAAUUGUGCCUUUCUGUCAGAGGGAUGUGGCACAGAAUAGCUUAUGUGUUUCUGAGAAUGUCAUUCUGCAAGAAGUAACCAAAGCUAAAAAAGUCUUUCCUGUAAGACUUCCCCUUUCUGAGUGAAAAGGAUUGAUGGCUCUGUAUUAGCUUUCUAGCUURCUAGUGAAACCAAAUGAACUGUUUCUUCUGGUUCCCUUUAAGGAUUACAGYUCUACAGUGAAACUUCAUACCAAUCUCAGUGCUAAACAACAAAUGGAGAGUCUUAGACCUCAGAAGGGAAAGGAAAAAAGAG